CCGCAGCCCCUCACAUGAUGGAAGUGUGACUGGGGUCCGGUACGGGGGAGCGGUGAUGGCGCUGAGCAGAGUCCGGCUGUUCCAGCCCCACGGGGAGAGCACCCGGCUGCUGCCCCAGGCGUCCAGACUGGUGGAGCUGCCCUAUUCUUCCUUCGAUGACGAUGAUGAUGAUGAUGAUGGCCCCUCAUUACCCGGGGACACGGCUGAGCAGGACCAGGGGCUGUGGUACCCCGACCCCCCCAAACUGAGCCCCUUCAGCCGCUGCGUGCGCUGCCUGGCCUUCCUCUGGAACCUCCUCUUCCUCCUGCUGGGGCUGCUGGUGCUGGCCGUGGGGGUCUGGGGGCUGCUGGCCAAGGGCGGGGUGCCCCUGGGCUCGGACCCCAUGCUGCUGUUCGUGCUGGCGGGGCUGGCGGCCAGCGCCGUGUCCCUGGCCGGCUGCUUGGGCGCUUUCCGUGCCAGCCCCUGCCUGCUGCGCUUCUUCCUGGGCGCUGUGCUGGCUUUCGGGGGGCUGCAGGUGCUGGGGGGGCUCCUGCUGCUGCUGGCACGGAGGAGGCUGCGGGAUGCGCUGCGGGACCUGCUGCUCCUGUGCCUGCUGCGCUACCGGGACGAUCCCGACCUGCAGUUCCUGGCGGACGAGGUGCAGCGGAGCCUGCAGUGCUGCGGCCUCGAGUCCUACCGUGACUGGGAGAGCAACCCGUAUUUCAACUGCAGCGCCCCGGGGGUGCAGGCGUGCGGGGUGCCAUCCUCCUGCUGCCAGGACGCGCUGCAGAACGGCUCCGUCCCCAACGCCCAGUGCGGUUUUGGGGUGCUGGGGCUGGGGGCGGCGGCGGCCGGGGCUCUGGUGCACACGGAGGGCUGUGGGGCCGCGCUGGGUGCGUGGCUGCGGGGCCAAGCCGGGGCUAUCGCCACCGGGGCCACCGUCCUGGUGCUGGUGGAGGCCGUGGGAGCGCUCAUGGCRCUGAGGGUGCUCGGGGAUAUCGUGGCUGUGAGGGCAGCGGGGUGGUUGGGGUAUGUGCGGGGCUGGUCCGGUUUCAAAUAAAC